AUGUCGUACUCUCAUCAGCAGCCACCAUCUCAACCGUUCCCUGGGCAGUCGACACAUCCAUCCGAUACACCGACGCAGGAUCUCGCUUCGUGGGUCAACCAAGUUCGUGAGCGCAACUCGUCAUCCGCCUCAUCCCGUAACCCUAGCGGACAAAUCGACGACGCCGCUGCGUCUUCCGCAUCGGAGCUGGAGCUCGAGUUUCAAAGACAGCGUAUCGAGCGACAGCAGCGCAGAAACCGUCUGUCUGUAUCAGGCAUUCGAGGCAUUCCGCCCUCUAACCCGACCUCGCCGCUCGCCACGCCGACUCUAGAGAGCCCUUCUUCGUCGAGGUUCGACGGCGCUACCAUGGCGCCUCCUGAUGCCUCAUCACAGUCGCCGCUGCUCGGCUCGUCCCCGACAAAGGCUUCCGGCGUCACUGGAAUCAAGAGGGCCAAUUCGUUGCUCGCUCGCUAUGGAGGACAAUAUGGUCCCACGGGUACAGCGGCAGGCCCGAAAGGCCCAAAUGACUCUCCCGUAUCUCUCGCCAACUUCAUGGGAGGCAGAGCAGCUGGCCCGCGUCUUGGCAAGCUCGCAGGAGACGGCAAGAGUGCACCUCCCGAGGCGGAGCUCAUCCACGAGAGUCGACGUGUCCCGCUGCCAGGCAUGUCAGCCAACUCGGGACGCUCGCUUGCCAGCUUCCUUGAAGAGCGAGCUGAUGCAGCGGGUCAACGUCGAUCCGGAGGCGGCUCUCCCGCAUCGCCCGUCAAGGAAAUCGCGACGCCUGGCUCUCCUGGCAAGACGAGCAGCCCGGCAAAGUACUCGUUCACCUCUGCCGAGCUUGGUCGGCCGUCUAACAGCACCGGGAUCACCGCAGCAGCUGGCUUCGCAUCGCCAGCACCGCCUUCGCCCAAGAAAGCCUACCUGGAGCUCAUCGAGAAGCAGAAUGCCAGUGCACCCACCAGCGCCCCUUCGUCGCCCGCCAUUCCGCGCGCUUCGAGCCCGUCCAAAUUCCACAGGUUCUCUGGCGCCGAGAGCAACACCACGUCACCUCUGCUCGAUCGACCUGCAUCUCCGGUCAAGGGUGCUGCUGGGACGUCGCCUUCGUCCGUCGACGCUACGAGCGGCUUCGACAGCGUAUCGCGUUCUUCAAGACCGCUACCCAUCCCCAACGCUCAAUCGCAUUCGUACAAUUCCGCAGACACGCCCGGGCGCAAGGAUGCCUCCACAAGUCCUUUCAAGCUAGAAGACAUUCAAGUCUCCAAUAUCUCGGCCGCGGCGGGACAGCCCAAGCCUGACGGCGACCUCGGCAAGGGAUGGAGUCGGACCGCAGAGCAAGCUGAUGCAUCCGAAUCUCAGACUCUGAACAGGUCGUCGAGCUUGGCAAACAGCGACCUGACAGGUGCUGACCGCCUCCCCACCGCCUCCUUGUCUCGACUCAGCGCUCAAAAGAUGGUCGGUCAGCGCAUCAAGGAAGCGCAGAUGCGCGAUGUGGUAGCGCGAAAGGAAUCCGACUCCAUGCAGCCCAAUGCCGGCGGGCGCAGCGUCCCAUCAAGUCCUGCCGUGCGCGAUCGGUGGCCUCCUGCAAUUCAAACGAAUGCCUCUCCGUCACGCUCCACCCUCGACGAGCGCAAGACUGGCUCUCCCUGGUCGCCCACCAAGUAUGGCAAUGCGCUGCCAGGCCUUGCCGGGCGUUCGCCGACCAAGGAGUCGGGGCCGACACCGUGGCGACCCUCGUCACCAAAGAAGGCUGAGAUCGCUGCUGAGCCACGAGCAGAGCCCAUUCGACUACCUGGUAUGGGUGGCAGUGUGAACCCGUUGGCGCGCUUUGCCGAGAACAGGUCUCGUACCGAGGAGGCCAUCGUCCUUCCGGAAUCUGCGUCCACCGCAAAUGCUUCGUCUGACUCCGGCCAGCUCCUCUCUUCUCUCACCAAAGCGAGGGCCAAGGGUCCUGUUAGGAAGGCUGCCACAGCAGACGCCAAGGUCCCGUCCUCGUCCAGUAGCGGCGCCAUUCAGACGCCUGCGAGCCGAACCGAAGACAGUUCGUCCAGCAACCCAUCGAACAAGCCUCCCCGAAGGACGUCCGGCAAGCGUAUCCACGUACUCGUCUCUGGAUCAGGCUCCAACCUGCAAUCCUUGAUCGACGCUACCUUGCUGAACCCACCAGCAGGCAUCCCUGUCAUCGACAACGCGCAGAUCACGUUCGUGCUGUCGAACCGCAAAGCUGCCUACGGUCUCACCAGGGCUGCCGAAUCGAACCCUCCCAUCCCAACAAAGGUGCUCGCCCUCAAGACUUGGCAGAAUCGCAAUCCAGGCGGCACUCGAGAGGAGUACGACAGAGUCUUGGCUCGCGCCGUGCUCGAUGGCGACAGUGCUGAAGGCACCGGUACGCCUCCUGACCUCAUUGUCUUGGCAGGAUUCAUGCACAUCGUCUCCGAACCUUUCCUCCACGCACUGGGUCACAAGACGAGUCUCCCUGCCAACACGCCCACAAUCGGAACUCGCCCCUCCAAGGCGGUGCCCAUCAUCAACCUUCACCCUGCGCUUCCUAAGGCCUUUGACGGUGCCAAUGCGAUCCCGCGCGCUUUCGAGGCGUACAAGCAGGGUCUUACGGACAAGACUGGAUGCAUGGUGCACGAAGUGGUGGCUGACGUCGACCGUGGUCGACCCAUCAUCGUCCGCGAGGUGCCGAUCUUGCCCUCGUACGACCUGGAACAGCUUGAACAGGCCAUUCAUAAAGUGGAGCACGUCAUCAUCGUACAGGCAGCCGAUCUCGUCCUGAAGGGUCACUUGGACCAGCUUGACCGACAAGAAGCUCAAGACCAGAAGGCCAAGCCCGCCGCUUCUUUGGCCGGGAAGGGCUCGCUGACGGACAUUGUUCAGCUCAAGAGCGAGGACGGCGAUGUGACUGCUUCAGUUACCGCGAUCAUGCGCAAUGCGAGCACAAGCCUAAAGCAGCUUGCCAGCGUCGAGGCGCGUGCCUCUGCUUCUUUGCCAGGACCGGCCAGAGCAAUCUCUGUCGAAGUCCUCGCAAUCGAUGCAGAAGGCUUCAUUGAGCCAUUGGAGCUCUCUAGCGACCAGACCUUCCAGCGUGGCGAGCAGCUUCGACGCGAGCAGAUCCUGUACGACGACGACACGCUCGCCAUUGUCCAGAAAUCCAAGGGCGCGAACGGUCGCACAGAGACCAAGCUAUGGAUACGAACGGGAGCUUGCUCCGCUCUGCACCCGUUCGAGCUAGGACCCCAGUCCAUGUCGUGCGUCGAGGGACGCAAGGUGGCCGAAUUGGCGCAGCAAUAUUCGAUACAGCCCGAAGUUGUCCCAGCAGGCUGCGAGACUGACGAAUUGAUCGCCGCACUGGGUGGAAGUUGGACAGUUGCCCGCAAGGGCUCACGUCAACGCUUCGAUGCAGGCGCUUCGUCUUUGUACCGCGUUCGUCGAGCUGUUGCGUCGGCGCAAGGUCAACACGGUUUCUUCUCAAUUCAGCAGGUGGACUCUCGAACUUCGAGCCUUUGCUCGGGUGACAGCUUCGUCUCGACCUUUGGCGUCUGGCAUGGGCGCGGAGCCUCGCUCUCUGUCCGUGCCGCAGCAGUACGUUUUGCUCAAGCACUUGCCAGGUCGGUCUCCCGAUCUGCUUCAAAUAUCGCUGAAGUUGAGGAGGGGGCGGAGAACAGCUACUUCUGGAAGCACUUUGACCAAAAGGAGGCGUACGCCAACGCUUGGUCGCACCGCCAUCGUGACGUGACUGCGACAGACGAUGCGAGCCUUCUCGAUGUCGAACUGCAAGGUCGAGAGCUUCGUCUGAAUCCAUUCGACGGUCAGGGGUAUUAUGGAGCACACGACUUGUUGCUGCCCACACGCUCCGGCAAGAUCUCGAUCUUGAACGUUCGAGAUCGGGAGCUCUUCGUCAUCGUGGGUAAGGACGCACGCGGCGAUCGACUUCGUCUGGCCUGCGCCAUCCGUGCGGCAGAAGACAUGGCGGCCCAUCUACAAGCUACACAGCGGGCCUCGGCGUCUAACAUUUCCAUCGUGGUGCCACGUCCUGCAGUGCACGUAGUUGUGCUGCCUUCCAAGCUGCCGAUGGAGAUUCGAGCGGCUUCUCGCGUGUGGUCGGACGAGGUGGUGGAUUACCUGCAAGGCGGCGUUUGGCGCAUGAAUGUCCAUUCCAGCUCGCGUGCCUCGGAACAACUGCUGGAACGUCGUUGGCCACGUUGGGCGUUGCAGGAGGAGGACUAUCUGCCGGUGGGCGUUAGUCCGGAUGACGCCUUUGUCUAG